GUGGACUGCGUGGUUCGCGCGCGGGAUGAUCCAAGCUGCUUCUUCCUCUCCGCCAUCUACGAGGGUGGUAGCGAGGGUAGUAAAAUGUUGAUGCGGGAUGCGUGGCGCGACGGGACGUUCGCUGAGUACGCUAGGGUGCCGGUGGAGAAUUGCAUUGUGCUUAAGGAGGACAGACUGUGUGCUGGAUUGGGAUAUGCGGAGCAGGAUUUGGCGUAUAUGGCGUACAUGCUUGUGCCAUAUGGCGGGCUACGAGACAUCCAGCUGCAGGCUGGGGAGACGAUCAUCGUGUGUCCCGCGACGGGAUUCUAUAGCAGUCUGGGUGUGCAGGUUGCAGUGGCGAUGGGGGCGAGAGUGGUAGCGGCAGGCCGGAAUGCAGAGAAAAUGGCGGCGUUAAAGGGAGAGAUUGAGAGACAUAUGCCUGGGGCAGAGAUUGAAAUGAUGACGAUGACCGGCGAUGAGGAUGAAGAUGCGGGUGCGCUGAGGGUGUUUGGGGCGGAUGCUGUUCUGGAUAUGACGCCGUCGACUGCGGGAAUGGCGACACAUACGAAGAGUGCCAUCAAGGCGCUUCGGAGGGGAGGGAGGGUGAGUCUAAUGGGGUCUACAAAGAACAUCUCGGUUGCGGAGAUUAUGAUGAACGAUAUCACGCUAAAGGGUAAAAUGAUGUAUGAACGGGAGGCGGUGGUACAGUUUGUUAAGAUGGUUGAGAGGGGGUUGUUUCCCAUGGAUUGCAUCGAGACAAAGGCGUUCUCGUUGGAGAAUUGGAAAGAAGGGCUUUAUAUGGGGGGAAAGCAUAAUGGCAUUGGGAAAUGCGUAGUUCUGGCUCCUUGAUGCAUCAUUUCCUAUUCUUUGAACACACAUGCAACAGAUAUUCAAAGAGAACAAGAAUAUAAAAAGAAAAAA